UCUCAAAAAUACCAAUAUGCUGUUUUAAAAAAACCUAUGGAGAGAUGUUCUAUGUUACUGGUAUAACAUGGAGGAAAACAUUCACAUCUCCUAUUGGAAUACUACCUGGGAAAUCUAUCUAUCUCUAGAUAAAUAGCAUCAGGGUGUUACCAAAACUGAUCAUUACAUCCAAACCCAAAGACAAGAGCAGUCAGAAUGGCCAACGCGAGUUUCCCAGCAUACUUCAUUCUUCUGGGCUUCUCCAAGUGGCCCCGGCUCGAAGUGGCUCUCUUCUGGAUUGUUGUGGUCUUCUACAUCAUGAUUGUCCUCAGCAACUCGACCAUCAUCGUGCUGUCACGUGUGGACUCCCACCUCCACACUCCCAUGUACUUCUUCCUCAGCAAUCUCUCCCUCCUGGAGCUCUGCUUCACCACAACCACUAUGCCCCAGAUGCUCUCCAACUUGUGGGGUCCUGACAAGCACAUCACCUACACAGGCUGCAUCAUCCAGCUCUGCGUGUUCCUCUGUGCUGGAGCCACGGAGUGCAUCCUGCUGGUGGUCAUGUCCUUCGACCGCUAUGUCGCCGUGUGCCAGCCCCUGCGCUAUCCCAUCAUCAUGCACUGGCCCCUCUGCUGGAAGCUGGCCCUCUCGGCCUGGCUGUCUGGACUGACAGAGUCUCUCAUCUUGUCUCCUGUCAUGCUCCAGCUGCCCUUCUGCUCGCAUCACCGCCUGGAUGAUUUCCUGUGUGAGGUUCCCUCCCUCAUACGCCUGGCCUGUGGCGACACUUCCAGCAACGAGUGGCAACUGACUGUCUCUUCCAUCCUCUUCACCAUGGUGCCGGUGGGGCUCAUCCUGACUUCCUACGGCUACAUAGCCCGGGCCAUGGGGAGGAUGCAGUCAGAGGAAGGCAGGCAGAAGGCCGUUUCCACCUGCUCUGCCCACCUGCUCGUGGUCUUCAUGUUUUAUGGCACGGUGGCCAUGGUGUACACGGACCCCAAGACCGAGUUCGCUUCACAGAACGGCAAGUUUUUCACCUUCUUCUACACUGUCGUCACACCUUUGUUCAAUCCUCUCAUCUACACUCUGAGGAACAAAGACGUAAAGAGUGCUUUGCUAAGACAGCUCAGAAAGCGCAUUCGUCCAUAAAAGGUGUUGCUGAGACACCACUUGAACCAGACAGGAAGUGCGAAUGCAUUCAAUCACAGGCUCUGAAAAUCACUAAAAACAGUUCAUACGGUACAAAGAGGGCUUGUUUUAUAUUCACUGAAUUUUCCAUGUUAUUUGCUUAAAAAUAAUAGUAGUUUGGGCAAACAAUAAGUGUUUAAAAUUCAUUUUACUAGGGAAGAUGACUAGUUGCACAAUAAACUUUGAGGAAUUUAAAUUAUACCUUAAAUGACUUAACUCUCAUGAGCUUAACAUUCUAGAAUUAUUGA